GAGAAAAGUGGGGGCUUGGAAGUGGUGCAUGAUUUGCUCCUUGUGCCAGCUGGAAAGAGAAAAAUCUCCUGGGCUUUCCUUUGGCGCAGAUCCAGGAGUUUUUGUACAGUCCUGUGCCAAGCACAGGGAAGAAGCGAGGCUAUACAAAUUGCUGCCUUCUUGGCCUGAUCCUGAGUGUGGUAGCUCAUGUCUCAUUGACUGUAGGUUGCUCCAGGUUAUGUCUUGGAGCUGCCGAGGACUGCAAGGAAUGAACUGCAUCUAAACGGGAACGUGAUGUGCACGGCACAUGUACGGACAUGCACAUGCGAACUCAGUUGUUAGCAUGAAAGAAAUGUGAAGCGAAGGGUGUCCCUCCCCUCCCGUUCUCUGAUUAGCUGUGGAAGAAUGUUUGGCUAUGACGCUGGGCAGGGUUCUUUGUAUGAGAGUGUUUUGGAAGGGGAGUUGCAAGGAUUGUGAGGAAAGCAGGCAGCAGGAACCAACCAAGCGGUUUAUUACUCUUGCAGGAUGUGUAAGCCAGCCUCAUUUGCCAUGUUCCUCUGUGGAGAAGUUUCUCCAGUGGUUUGCCCCUUGCUUUGGAAGUUCGGUUGUUGUUGACUGGGGUGUAUUUGUUUGAAGAGAAGUUGAUGACACAAACCCUAGCUCACAUUCAAGACCCGAGACAGGCCACCUGCAGAGCCUCUGCCGUGAGCAUCAUGGCCAUAGUGCAGACCCUGCCUGUUUCCAUUGAAUCUGCCUCUGAAGGGGCUGCUCACCUCCACAACAGUGCCUCCUCAUCCCCCGUAGCCAUGGGCAGUGUGAGCAGUCUCAUCUCAGGCCGGCCUUGUCACAAAGCCACUAGUGAGUUUGGCUCUUUCCGCCUGCCUGGUGGGGCUGGCUCCCAAGAGGCCCUGUGCCAUGGACUUCCCACUAAGAAGAACAGCUACACCUACGCAAAUGACGAGGACUGGGCCGAAGCCAUAUCUCCCAUCAGCCCCUGCAGUGAUGCGGAGGACAUGCAGGAUGACAAGCUGCGGGUUGGCACGAUCCGUGGACCACCCCCAAAGUUGGUGCCUGUCUCAGGAAAACUUGAGAAGAACAUGGAGAAGAUGCUAAUCCGCCCGACAGCCUUCAAGCCAGUCAUGCCCAAGAACCGCAACCCCCAACUGCAGGGCCACUUGGCGCUGCGGCCUGGCAACUCGAUGCUCUCCGAGAGCCAAGCUAGCCUUGCUCAGCUCUUUGGUGGUCCCCCUGCAGGCAGCAUGGAGAAGCACAGUUCCCUGAGCUGCCACACGAGCUCCCACUCAGGAACAAUGUCAGACUCUGGCCGCAACUCGCUCUCCAGCCUGCCCACAUACAGUACUGGCUGCAGCCAGCAAAUGGAGCCAGUUAACAUCUCAGUGGGUCACAUCAACCUUGACAGCCAUGGCAGCAGCAGUUCCCGGGGCCUCACUGGCCCAUCAAACUCAGACAGUGGGAGGUCCUCAUCGAGCAAGAGCACGGGCUCCCUGAGCGGCCGUGGGCACCAUUCCUCAGACAGUGGCUCCUGUGGUGGGCGCUCCCCAGUGCACAGUGGUGUUGAGGAAGCCCUCCUUGUGCACGAACUUGAGGAAAAGCUUCGGGAGCGUGAAGCUGAGCUGCAGCAUCUGAGGGAGAGCUUGGAUGAGAAUGAGGUGGCCAUAUGCCAGGUGUAUGAGGAAAAGCAGAGGCGCUGUGAAGAAGAGAUGGAAGAGCUGCGGCAGGGCUACAGCGCCAAGCUGCAGCAGUCAGCGCAGAAGGCCCAGCGCAGCCAGCAGGUGCUGCAGCUCCAGAUCUUUCAGCUGCAACAGGAGAAGAAGAAGCUGCAGGAAGAUUUUGCCCAGCUGUUGGCUGAGCGUGAGCUGCUGGAGAAACGCUGUGCUUCCUUUGAGAGAGAGCACACAGAGCUGGGGCCCCGGUUGGAAGAGACCAAAUGGGAGGUGUGCCAGAAGUCAGGUGAAAUCUCACUACUAAAACAGCAGCUGAAGGAGUCCCAGUCAGAGGUGUCUCAGCGGGGCAAUGAGCUGGUGCUGCUGAGGGCCCAGUUGAGAGAAGCACGGGCUGAGGUGCAGGCUAGUGAAGAGCAGGCACUGAGCCUGCAGGAGGUGGCCCGCACCAAGGCCUUGGAGCUAGAGGUUUGUGCCAAUGAGCUGGCUAGGCGCAAGAGUGAGGCAGAGCUGCUGCGAGAGAAAGUGGGACGUUUGGAGCAUGAAUUGGAUGGACUGCGCAAUGCAAGCGGAGAACUCUGCCCACUGCUGGCGGAGUGUGAUGAGGCUAAAGCCCAGCGGCAGGCGGCAGAUACCCUUCAGGGCUUACGCGCCCAGGCUGAACGGCUGCGCACAGAAUUGCUGUGUGAGCGACGGCGUGGCGAGGAGCAACGGGAGGCUUUCCAUGCUGAGCGCAUCAUUUGGCAGAGCGAAAAGGACAGGGUCAUCCGCUAUCAGAAGCAGCUGCAGCAUAAUUAUAUCCAGAUGUACCGGCACAAUCGUGACUUGGAAUGCCAGCUGCGCCAUCUCAGCCUUGAACUUGAAGCCCGAGACAUGGAUGAGUAUGAGAUGCACGGGGGUGAAAGCAUCUGCUUUGAGGAGAUUGCCGCAACUGAAAUCUGAGCAUACCUGGUGGAAGCCUUAGUGAACAGGCCACACUGCCGCAAAGAGCUGCUGGCCUCUUAGAUUGGAGCACGCUCACUGGGGCAUCCGUGUGUCUUCAGCAGAUGAGAAGAGAGUGAGCCUGGGUCCCGUGGUGGAGGGAGCUACCUACUGUAAAGUGCAGUCCUGAAUCCCAGGGGUAGCACUUGUCUUGUCACUUAACAUGGUUGGGGAGCCGGUAUGAGGACUCCUCCCCUCACCAGCUCAACAGAUUUCACUGCCAUUGAGAUUAGACUGGGGCCUGAAGCUGAGAAGCUUGGGCUUUCUCCUUAGGGGUGGAGGGGCUGACUAAGGAUUUCCACAUGUGCAUUCCAGACCUGCCCUGGAGAAAGGAGAGACCACCCUGUUUAAUCCCUUCCUUGGAAAGCAGCAGCAGCAACUCCUGUUCCACCUUUGCUCUGCUUGCUCUGAGAAGUGGCUCUUAACUACCGUUUCACUCCAAGUCCCAGCACUGCUCAGCCUCCUGCAAGAGGCUGGCUGUUGUGAAAAUGAUCACCACUAUCUGCUCUCCAGUUGUAUGGGCUGUGGAUGUGCUGUGGACAGGAUGGCCAAAGAGUUUCUGUUCGUAUUCUUUUCUUCAGUUACCUUUACUAAGUGACCCAGUUGGCCUCCAGGCACCAGUGGCUGGAAAUUAGGCUAUGGUGGCUGUGCUAACAGCCUAUUAGCUGCUGAUCCACUUAGUUGAAUUAGCUUCGCCUGUUUUUAGGCUGGUGGAGAAGCUUUUUUUUUUUUAAUAGGAUGCUCUUCCUUGACCUUUUGGCCCAGUCCUUUGCUGUAUAUACUUUGCAUUAAGUCCAUCUUUUUUAAAGGCGCACACACACAAUCAAAUUUCUGUGCCAAGAAAAACUGAAUUCUGUAACUCUUAAAAAUUAUAGAAUGAAACAACUCUGCAUAUAUUUGCUUUGCAGGGCACUGAAGCAUCACCCCUUUAUCACUGGAAGAUUUAUUUGCCCUCUCUGACAUUUCCUGAGUUAACUUUUGUAGCCAGAAAGGCAUGAAACAAUCCUAAGCAGACCAACACUAAAUCUCAGGAUGCUUGAAUUGUGGCCCCAAAUCUGAGCAUUUUCUGUGCUUCUGUGUAAGGGUUGAAUAUAGGCGGCCCUGACAGCCUCGCCAAAAGCAUCAUGAGAAGACACUGUGAAGGAAAAGCCUGGCAUGGCUCUGAGCUCUGAAAGCAAAGACCUAAUAGUCCUCAUUGUCCUCCCAAAAAGCCCAGACGCCCCUUACCUUGCAGUGAGGCCCAUUCAACUUAAUGGGAUCUGCUGCUGAGUAGACAUGCACAGGAUUGCUCUGUAAAAAGCCAGCCUUGCACAUGCAUCUGCUUGGCUGUGGGCUGCAUUCUGCUGUGAUCCUACCUAAGAGGGGGACCUAUACAGCUUGAUGAGGAGAGUCUGUCUCUGGCAGCUCAUUGAUAACGUCUGUCUCUGCACCCUGAGGGUAUCUAGAUUUUUGCUUGUUUGCAGCAUUCCAAAAUUAUUAUUUUUGUAGUACCUCCCCAAACAUUUGAACUCCACCCUGAUUGCCCAGGUUGUUUCCUGGAAGCUAAGAAGGAUGCUUCUGUCCUUCAGAUAUUGCCAGAGUUACCCAUCUAUUCCAGAGACUUCUGCUGGCUCUAGCCGGCCAGGCCUACCUCUGCCCUCUUCCCCGGGGACUCCCUGUUGCAAGAGGAUCUGGUGUGUUGUUCCCUUCCCUUUUUUGCCUUUGUUGCUCCUGGCUGGCAACCUACAGAUUUGAGAGUGCCUUUCCCUUGGCCUUGCUGCCUGGGUCUGUACUGCUAACCCUCUUCCAGCACGUGCUCUUCUGCCCAGCUGCAUCUGUAUCCAGCAGGCUUCAUACUUGCCUGCCGGGUCCAGUGCUGCUAACCACCUCCGGCAUCCUCACCAUAACCAUCUGGAUUGCUUUCCUUUCAGGCCUGGCUGGCAGAGCACCCUGCUGGCUGGAGGUGCUGGCUUCCAUUUCUCAUAGAUGAUGUCAGCAGGCCGAUGUACUGUGUCCUGUUCACUUCCGUUGCUCCUUGCCAAAUCUGAUUUAGUUUGACUCUAACUCAAAACUGAAUCGUAUUUUUUUUUCAAUUCAGUCUGUCCUUUAGAGGGCCUUGCUGAGCUAGUCACUUUUGCUUGUGAUUGGCUUGAGGGCAACGGAACACUGAAUUGAGCACCAGAGCUGCCCUGAGCAGUGCACUUUCCGCAACUCAAUUUCCUUAAAAACUGCCUGUUAGUCUGGGUCUGAUCCAGUCUUAUUGGUUUGGGAUGUGAGGAAUGCCCAAUAGGUGGCUCAUUCAGACCUGUUUAGCGCUCCCUGACUGCCUUCCACUUCAAUUGGCCAGCAAAAUCUUCUUCAAGCGUGCUCAAGUUCAGAGGAAAACAUUUCUGUUUGUGCAGGAUGGUGCUACUCUUUUCCUCCUGUAAAGAUCUUUCCUGUUCAAAAAAGCCCUGUGCUGUCCAGUAAUUUCCUAAAAGGAAUAGAGGUGAGAUGUUUCAAAUAAGAGCAUUCUAGUUGGUAUUUCCUCCCUUUACCCUUUAGUGGGCAUCCAGGAGAGAAGAAGCCAGCAAAAAAAAAAUCUAGUUUCUGGGCUGUGGAGAAGCCAUUUCCAGGGGAACUUGAUGGAGAGAAGUCCAAUGAAGUAGCCAGGUGUAAUUAAAGGGGGAAAGCUGUCUCUGCUGGAGAUGGCCCUUCUCUUCAGGCUAACGAAACGGGAGGGUGAGGAGAAUACAUAUCCCUGGUUACCAAGAGCAGAACUAGCCUGGAUCAGCUUGUUUGGACAAUGGGGCUUAGAAAUGAGGUUUUGAGCCAGCCAGUGUAGGAGGAAACAGUUUUCAGAGUACAUGUGGUUUGGACAUCUCUACUUUAUCACUCUGUCUCCCCUUGAUCCACUGUGUACAGCUAAUAUACAAUGUGCUCACCACACCAAGUUGGCUAGAAGUCAUUAGCUGUUCUAUGUGGCUGUGUAAACUCCGAACAGGGAAACUUCUGCUGGUAUGACCAAGGUGCAGCCAAAGCCCAGCAUAGUUCAACACUCUGAUUAGAACACUCUGCUAACAGCUGCCCCAUUGCUAGAUUAGAGACCAUCUGCUGUCUGCCAGCCUGGUCUAACCUUAGAUUUAGCAACCCCUGUUCUUCUGCAUGCAAAAAGGAUAAGACUGAAGGUGCUGGGGAGGGUGGGUUCCAGAUCUGGAGCGCUAGACUGUUUACAGGCAGAGUUUACAGCUUCCAUGUUCACUGAGAAUAUUUUGUGCAUUCCAAAAGAAGAAGCGAUUUCUCUGCACUUCCCUAUGGGAACAGAUAGGUGGAAAGUGUAUCACAAGACCAAAGGAAAAGCUCGAUGCAUGCCAUUUCUGUGACUGCUGGAAACUUUGUCCCUCGUCCCCAUUGCUCUUCCCUGCCCCACCCCAGCACCAUGUGGUGUUUUUCUUUUCAGUUUUUCUUUAUUUCUAAAACUGUAUAUUUUCCAAGCUGUGUAAAUUUCUUGUACAAACCAAAAGGUGUGAAUUAAAAAAGACACUUUUGUGUUUUGAA